GCCCACCAGGAAACACAGACCGAGCGUCCAGUGGGCCAGAUGGGGUGGGGGGUGGGGAGAAGGGGAGAUCCCCGUGGUUUCAGAAGAGAAGCUCAUUUUAUGCGUCAGUCUCCAAGGCCCCACUUCCGCCUGCCUGCCCCGGGGGCUUCCUCUUCUGUCCCUGCCCGUCUCUGUCAGAGCAUCGCCAGGGGAUGAGCCUGUCUCAGGGCCGGGCCCAGCGUCUCCGGGGCAGACAUGCUCUUGCCGCUGCUUUUCGGGGUGCUGUGGGGCGGUGAGUGGGCCGAGGGCCUGGGCCCCAAAAAGGCGCAGGAUCCGGGUAAAGGAUACCGGCUGACGAUGGAGAAGGAGGUGACGGUGCCGCAGGGCCUGUGUGUGCGGGUGCCCUGCUCCUUCUCCUACCCUCAGGGCAGCAGCACCAAGAGUGCCCCGGUUCAAGGCUACUGGUUCAGAGACGGGACCGAUGCCCUCAGCGGUUCUCCCGUGGCCACAAAUGACCAGUCUCGGAGGGUGCAUCAGGGGGCCAGGGGGCGCUUCCAGCUCCUGGGCAGCCCUGGCGAUGGCGGCUGCUCCUUGCUGCUCACCAAGGCCCGGAUGGAAGACAGAGGGUUGUAUUUCUUUCGGGUCGAGGGAGACACUGCCGUGCGAUACAGCUUUGUGCACAAUAAGUUCCUUCUGGAUGUGACAGCCCCAACACAGGAGCCAGCCGUCUACGUCCCCGAGACCCUGGAACCUGGGCGCCAGGCGACAGCCGUCUGUACGUUUCAGUUUCACUCGGAACACUGUCCAGCCCCUACUCUCUCCUGGAGGGGGGCUGCCCUCGCCCCCCAAGAAAUCGGCGAGACAACGGCCUACGUCUCAGUUCUCACCCUCACGCCCAGACGGCAGGACCACGACACCGACCUCACCUGUCGGGCGAGCUUCUCCAGAGAGGGCCCGAGCUUCGAAGGCAGCGUCCGGCUGAAUGUGGCCUAUGCCCCCGAAACCCCGGUUAUCAGCAUUUCCUGGGACAACAGACCAGCCCUGGAGCUCCAGGGGGACAGCCCACAUCAGGAAGCCCAGAAGGGCCAGCUCCUGCGGCUGCUCUGUGCUGCGGACAGCCGGCCCCCCGCCGCCCUGAGCUGGGCCCUGGGAGACAGAGUCCUCUCCUGGUCCGAUCUCCCGGGCCCCGGGGGCCUGGAGCUGGAGCUGCCCGGAGUGCAGCCCGGGGAUGCGGGGCGCUACUCCUGCAGAGCCGAGAACAGGCUGGGCCUCCGGAGCCGCACCCUGAGCCUCUCUGUGCGCUAUGCCCCGGAGAACCUGACGGUGACCGUCUCCCGAGCAAACGGGACAGUCCUGGAGACGCUCGGGAACGGUGCAUCCCUCCCGGUCCUGGAGGGCCAGAGCCUGCGCCUGCUCUGUGUCACCCACAGCAACCCCCCAGCCUCGCUGAGCUGGGCCCGCGGGCCACAGACCCUGAGCCCCUCCCAGCCCUCAGACCCCGGGGUCCUGGAGCUGCCUGGGGUACGAACGGAGCACGAAGGCGAAUUCAUUUGCCGCGCUCAGAACCCGCUGGGCGCCCUCAGCGUCUCGCUGCGCCUCUCUGUGCACUACCCCCCGCAGCUGCUGGGACCCUCCUGCUCCUGGGGGGACCAGGGUCUGCACUGCAGCUGCUCCUCCAGGGCCCAGCCGGCCCCCUCCCUGCGCUGGCGGCUGGGGGCGGGGCUGCUGGAGGGGAACCAUGGCAACGCGUCCCACGUGGUCACCUCCAGCUCAGAGGGGCCCUGGACCAACAGCUCCCUGAGCCUCCGCGAGGGGCUCAGCCCUGACCUCAGACUCAGCUGCGAGGCCUGGAAUGUGCACGGGGCCCAGAGCGCCUCUGUCCUGCUGCUGCCAGAAGAGAAGGACCUCAUCGCGAAGGGCUUCUCUAAAGGCGUAGCUCUGGGCACCGGCGUCACCAUCCUCCUCGCCCUCGGCCUCUGCCUCUGCCUCAUCCUGGCCGUCGUGAAGACUUUGAGGAAGACCCAGACCCAGACCCCAGCGGAGGAGGCAGCUCCGGAGGCGGAGACCCCGGCGAGGACAGAGACCUGGAGGCCCAGGCUGACCCGGAGGAGCACCAUCCUGGAUUACAUCAACGUGGUCCCCAACGCCCGCGGCCUGGCUCCGAAUCCAAAGGCCAAGCCCAGCAGCCCUUCCAGGGCCCCUCCUGCAGCUGCUAACUCCCCAAGACGGAACAUGUCCCCUCCAGCCCCAGAAUCAAGGAACAGCCAACAGGAGAUCCAUUACGCUGCCCUCAGCUUCCCAGGCCUCCGGCCGCAGGAGGCCCAGCAGGCCAAGGACACCAACUCCGCAUAUGCAGAAAUCAGGUUCCACUGACAGCCCCCUGGGCGGCGGGACGGGGACCAGGCUGGGGAGAAACGCAAUCACCGAGAGGAUGGAGGACAGAGGACAAGGCCUCGCUCUCUUUCUUCUGUCGACCCCUCCAAGGAUGGGCCAUCCAUUCCCAGGCCAGGCAUCUGCAGCAGCCUGACCACUCUCUCCAGAGUGACCUUCUCUGGAUACACUAUUCCAGGGGUGGGCAACCUUUUGGUGAGUGCGUGCCAAACCCAGCGAAAUCUCUGACUCAAAAUUCUUCUGCGUGCCGGCCCUAAUUUUUUGAGAACAUGUUACGCCUACUUGAUAUCUCUUAAGGCGUACGUAUGUGAAGAACCGUGAAGAAAUAAUAAAAUUCAUUCGAGCGACAAAAACACAGUAUAUGAGGAUGAAAAAUGCAGUUAUUUUUUAAUGUAUACAUGUACACUGAUAGUCCGACAGAAAACUUUAUGAUUCCGUUUGAUAUAAUCAGUGGGACUUUUGCUGCUACAUCACUGAUGACAGAGAUUUUACAUCAGGUUUGUAUUUCGUGACCUUCAGAGAUAUGCACGGGCUACUACUUUCGUCCCUCAGGCUACUCCUAUUACGAGACUUAACAAAAUUCAUCACUGAGAACAAAGAUUCACCAUUGUAAAUGGAAGAUUAUAAGGGAGGGUUUCGCGUGCCAGCAAAAGUUACUGGCGUGCCAUGUUUGGCAUGCGUGCCAGGGGUUGCCCACCCCUGCACUAUUCUGAGGACAAGAAUACAUUUUUUUGUCUCAGAAGCCCAGACACCACCCUCACUGAUUCCUCACAGUCUCACUUUUCUCCAAGGUGGGAGAACCUUUUGAAAAUGGCUCGACGGUGGUCUCUACGAGGCAAGCGAGCUAACCUCCCAGGCCAAGCCUGGCCCCAAGUCUAUUUUCGUGCCACUCGAGAGCCAAGUUUUAAAUGGGGGAAAGAGCUGCCUGGCUGGCGUGGCUCAGUGGUUGAGCGUCAACCAAUGAACUAGGAGUUCACGGUUCGAUUCCUGGUUGGGGCACAUGCCCGGGUUGUGGGCUUGGUCCCUGGUGGGGGGCGUGCAGGGGGCAGCUGAAGACUGAUGAUUCUCUCUCAUCAUUGAUGUUUCUCUCUCUCUCUCUUCCUCUCU